AUAAUACAGUACAAACUCGUUUGCUGUACUAAACGAACCAAAAAUAAUUUUUGUUUUCUAUUGUGGAAAAUGUUGAGUUUUUUUACACGCUCCACCCGUCUCUGAAAAAUGAAUACUUUUGAUAAUGAGUUCUGCUGACUGACCAGACUGCAGCACUGCCCCUUCUUGGAAUGCAAAUUAGCUUUAUCCUCCUCCUCCUCCUCCUCCUCCUCCUCCUCCUUCGGCGGCGUAGUCAGCAUUCGAACACAUCCGAUUCAGUCCGAGACAGAAGCCACUGCUCUACAAUCUGAAGGGAACGCACAAUUUAAUUAUCUUAAUUUAAACAUCAUGGUUUUACGUGUCAUAUUUCGUGCUGUCAUCAUGGGACCCCCGGGCUCUGGGAAAGGCACGGUGUCUGAGCGGAUUGUGAAAAGUUUUGGAAUGAAACACCUUUCCAGUGGGGACGUUUUGAGGACCAACAUGAAAGCAAAAACAGAAGUAGGGCUGCUGGUCAAGUCUUACAUCGACCAAGGUCAGCUUGUGCCAGAUGAUGUCAUCACUCGGCUGAUCCUGCAUGACCUGAAGGGUCUGGAGCAAUGCAGCUCGCUACUAGAUGGUUUCCCACGGACAGUGACGCAGGCAGAAUGUCUGGACAAAGUUUACAAGAUAGACACUGUGCUAAACUUGAAUGUGCCUUUCGAGAUCAUCAAAGAGCGCCUUACCUCCCGGUGGACCCACCCAGGAAGUGGCAGGGUAUACAACACCAACUUCAACCCUCCCAAAAUUCCUGGUUUAGAUGACGUUACUGGUGAGCCCUUGAUACAGCGGAAUGAUGACAAACCAGAGACUGUCACAAGGAGGUUAAAGUCCUACGAGACGCAGACCAGACCAGUCCUUGAGUAUUACAGGAACAAAGGGGUAUUGGAGACCUUCACAGGAACAGAAACCAACAAGAUCUGGCCUCACAUACACACCUUUCUCUGCAGUAAAACCUCUGGGUGACCAGUAGCCUGCAGCUGGCAAAGCUUGAAAAAACAGGCAGCUCUGAUGAAAUAAGAAGUAAGAGAGAGGAUUACUACAUGGUGUGAACAAACACAAAGGCACCACUCAUUGCUUGAGGGAAUAAGAUUCUUUCAUGGGGCCAAGUCCUCACCUGUGUUGGCUGAAACUAGAACGAAACUUACUGUUUUCCAUUCAUUUCCCUUUUAAAUUGAUCAAAAUAUAGAUCAAAAUUAUAUUAAUAUUAAUAUACAUUGCUGAUUUAAGAACUGAUUUUUGUCUUUUGCUUGAUGUCAUAGUCACGUAUGUCUUAAGGAUUCCUGUCUUAGUAGCUAUUAAAAAGUAAUGUACACCCACAGGCUGUAUUAAAAUGUAUUUCUGAUUACAUAAAUACAAUGUAGCACAAAUGUAUUCUGAAAAGAGAUUACUUAACCACUGUCUAAGCCAAGUUUACAGAGAGAAAACUGAAGUAUACAUUUCUGUAGUUAUGUGUUAGCUUUAAUCCAACUGCCUAUGUCACUAUGCACACUUUAAACUAAACAAAAAGAUGCUGUACCUGCUAAAUAUUUUGUCUUGCACAGUAGUCAGUAGUUGAUUUAGAAGUAGCAUACAAAAACACACAUUUUAAUGUUGUGAAAAUAGAAAGCAAAUUAGCACAAUCCAAGACGAACAAUCUUCAUAUGGGGGCAAGUAACAAUGAAAUAUCAUACUUUAUUUUAAUUUUAUUUUCAUUUCUUUUUUAGUAAGUAUUUAACUUGUACCCUGGUUGUUCUUAACCUUUAACCCAUCUUGUUGUUGUUGUCCGCUUGUAGACAAGCACUUUUUUUUGGCUUAUUU